AUGUUGAAAAACGAUACUGUGUUCACUAAAGAAAUUUCUUGUACGGCAAUAACAGGUAAAGAUGCCUGGAAUCGACCAACACCUCAACCAAUUACCAUAUCAUUAUCAUUCAAUACUGAUUUUCAUAAGGCAUCUGAAUUGGAUAAUUUAAAAUAUUCAAUUAAUUAUGCUGUUAUUACGAGAAAUGUAACUGAAUUUAUGAAAUCAAAUGAACAUUUAAAUUUCAAAUCAUUGGGUAACAUUGCUCAAGCUAUUAGUGAUAUUGGAUUAGAUCAAUCUAGAGGUGGUGGAUCUAUUGUUGAUGUAACGAUAAAAAGUCUGAAAUCGGAAAUUCGAGCUGAAAGUGUUGAAUAUAAAAUUAAUAGAAACAUUUUGGAUCAACCAAUUCCAUUAGAUAUUUUCCAAGUUAAUAAAUUGAGAUUAUUGACUAUUAUUGGGGUUUUUACAUUUGAAAGAUUACAAAAGCAAAUUGUUGAUGUUGAUUUACAAUUCAAAAUUGAACCCAAUUCCAAUUUAUAUUUCCAUCAAAUAAUUGCUGACAUUGUUUCAUAUGUGGAAUCAUCUAAUUUUAAAACUGUAGAAGCAUUGGUAUCUAAGAUUGGUCAAUUGACAUUCCAAAAAUAUAGGGAGGGGAUAGCUGAAGUUGUUGCUACAGUUACCAAGCCAAAUGCUUUUAGUCAUGUUGAAGGUGUUGGGGUAUCAUCUACUAUGGUAAAAGGCAAUUUCCAAAAUAUGGAGCCAAUUAAAUUUGAUAACAUGAUUGCUCAAACUAAUAAUAGUACAUUUAAUUUACCAGUUGAAAAUGAGAAAACCGAUGAUUAUACCGGGUAUCAUACUGCAUUUAUUGCCUUUGGAUCCAAUACUGGGAAUCAAGUAGAAAAUAUCAAUAAUUCAUUUGAAUUAUUAAAAGAAUAUGGAAUUACAAUAGAAACAACUUCAUCAUUAUACAUUUCUAAACCAAUGUAUUACUUGGAUCAACCAGAUUUUUUCAAUGGAGUAAUUAAAGUCAAUUUUCAAAACAUUUCACCUUUCCAAUUAUUGAAAAUUUUAAAAGAGAUUGAAUAUAAACAUUUGGAAAGGGAAAAAGAGUUUGAUAAUGGUCCUAGAUCAAUAGAUUUGGAUAUUAUAUUAUAUGAUGAUUUACAAUUGAAUACGGAAAAUCUAAUCAUUCCUCAUAAAUCAAUGUUAGAAAGAACAUUUGUAUUACAACCAUUAUGUGAAGUAUUACCCCCAGAUUAUAUUCAUCCCAUCAGUGCAGAAAGUUUGCAUAGUCAUUUACAACAAUUGAUAAAUGAUAAACCUCAAGAAUCAGUACAAGAAUCGUCGGAUUUAUUGCAAUUUAUCCCAGUUUCUAGACUACCUGUUAAAGAUAAUAUAUUGAAAUUUGACCAAAUUAACCAUAAAUCUCCUACUUUGAUUAUGGGUAUAUUGAACAUGACUCCUGAUUCAUUUAGUGAUGGUGGUAAGUAUUUAGGUAAAGAACUGGACAAUAUUGUGAAGCAGGCAGAGAAAUUAGUUAGUGAAGGUGCCACCAUUAUAGAUAUUGGAGGGGUCUCCACUCGACCAGGAAGUGUUGAACCCAGUGAGGAAGAAGAAUUACAACGAGUAAUUCCAUUAAUCAAAGCUAUUCGUCAUCAAUCGCUGAAUUCUGAUUUACUGAAAGUGUUGAUUUCUGUUGAUACUUAUCGUAGUAACGUUGCCGAACAAAGUUUACUUGCGGGUGCCGAUAUAAUCAACGAUAUAUCAAUGGGCAAGUAUGAUGAAAAAAUCUUUGAUGUAGUUGCCAAAUAUGGAUGUCCCUAUAUUAUGAAUCAUACUCGAGGAUCCCCGAAAACCAUGUCUAAAUUGACUAAUUAUGAAUCCAAUACAAAUGAUGAUAUUAUUGAAUAUAUAAUUGAUCCUAAAUUAGGACAUCAAGAAUUAGAAUUGUCACCAGAAAUCAAAAAUUUACUUAAUGGGAUCAGUCGUGAAUUGAGUUUACAAAUGUUUAAAGCAAUGGCUAAAGGAGUGAAAAAAUGGCAAAUAAUUUUGGAUCCAGGGAUUGGGUUUGCCAAAAAUUUGAAUCAGAAUUUAGCAGUUAUUCGUAAUGCUUCAUUUUUUAAGAAAUAUUCUAUUCAAAUUAAUGAACGUGUUGAUGAUGAUGAUGAUGAUGAUGAUGAUGAUGAUGUUACAAUAGAACAUAAAUAUUUAAGUUUUAAUGGUGCUUGUGUCUUGGUGGGGGCAUCACGAAAGAAGUUUUUGGGGGAAUUAACUGGUAAUGAAGUGCCUCUGGAACGAGUAUUUGCUACUGGUGCAACUAUAUCGGCAUGUAUUGAACAAAAUACCGAUAUUGUUAGAGUGCAUGACGUUAAAGAAAUGAAAGAUGUUGUUUGUAUAAGUGAUGCAAUUUAUAAAAAUGUAUAA